CGCGAAAAGGUGAUGAGCAAUCAAAUACUCUCUCUUUCUUCAUUCGGGGCAUUGAAGGAAAAGAAGAUUUUUACAAUCAUUGGCUACUAUCCAGUAAUUAGAGCUAGCCUAAGGAGGAGGGGCUGGGCAGAGAGGAUACUUCCAAUACUAAAUGAAGUGAAGCUCAAAAAUGGAGUCAAUGAAGUUAACUCAGAACUGAAUCGCCAGAGCAUCAGAAUGUGGGCUACAAAAGAACUAACAAGAAACGAAAAUAUUAAUCAGGCCAAUCAAGCAGUAAUAGAUGAUGAGUCUUUGAAGCUUCAAAAAAAGGAGGAUUCGUAUUGUAACUUCAGUAGUUCACACAAUGUUCAUCAUUCAGUGUCAAAUAUGGUAGCAAAAGAAAUGCCCUACUUCAUCUGGACAGUACGAAGAAAUGUAAUUGACUGCAACUAUUUACACAGUGACCAAAUGAUAAAUCAUUAUGGCAGGAAUGCGUCUUUUACAACCAAAGCCAGACUUUGCAUGAAUCUGAGGAAGUUGCCUUCCUAUUUGGAUGAGAGCGCUGAUACUUUCUUUCCACGGUGCUAUCUAGUUUCUGCAGUGGAAGAUGAACGUACUCUCUGCAAUGACUUCAGGCUUACUGGUGCAAUCAGCAUAUUGAAAUGGGUGAUUUACAAUUCUGCAAAUGCUCCACAAAGUUCAAGCACUGGUCAAGGUCAGAUGAAUGCAGAUGAUAGUGAAGGACCUAAAACAACCUUGGUGACAGAUUCUAUCAAGCCCAACAAAACAACUGGUCAGUUAUCCACUGCACUGAUAGAAACUGCUAUCAAAGUGUGUGAAGAGUUUUUGCAAAGUCUGAAGCGUGCUGGAAAAUAUUUUGAAGUGAACAUCUCACCAAUGCUUAGCCUAAAGGAAUGGGCAAAUCUGAUUGAACAGCAUUACUCCCUCAUUCACAAUGAAGCUACAAUUCCUGGUUCACAAAAUUAUUUAAUUGAUUGCCAGAACAUUCUGAAUAGACUAAAAUCAGUGCAUCCACAGUUGGAAAUUGAUGGUAUCAGAAACAUCUGGAUUGUCAAACCAGCUGCAAAGUCACAGGGCCGAGGAAUAAAAUGUGUAGACAGGCUGGAUGAGUUUCUAAAACUGAAGGACUUUGACCCUUCUUUAAAAAACACCAAGUGGGUUGUGCAGAAGUAUAUUGAGAAGCCUCUUUUGAUUUAUGAUACUAAAUUCGACAUCAGAUUGUGGUUUCUUGUCACAGACUGGAACCCAAUAAACAUUUGGUUCUAUAAGGACUGCUACUUAAGAUUUUCCACACAGCCUUUCACACUCGAAAACCUAGACAGUUCAGUGCACCUCUGCAACAAUGCCAUUCAGAAGCGAUUAAAACCCUCUGCUGAUCGUAACCCACUGGUGCCAAAAGAGAACAUGUGGUCAAGUAAUGAGUUCCAAGACUAUUUAAGAAUUAAAGGCCAUGACAACAUCUGGCAGGAGACGGUCUACCCUUCCAUGAAAAAGGCUAUCAUUUGUUCUUUGGUGACGGUUCAGGCCAUUGUGCAAGCACGCAAAAACAAUUUUGGACUAUAUGGUGCUGAUUUCUUGCUGGGAGAAGAUUUUAAACCCUGGCUAAUUGAGAUCAACUUGAGUCCAAGCAUGUCACAUUCUACAUCUGUUACUGCCAUACUGUGUGCUAAUGUACAGGAAGACACUAUCAAAGUAAUCAUUGACAGAAAAUAUAAUAGCAAGUGUAAUAUUGGGCGUUUUGAGUGUCUGUCUCAACAGGAAAGAAAAUACCUCCGCAAAAGAGCUCAUUCUCUUCAAGCAACAGUCCUGUCUAAAGACAAGUAGGAUUGUUUAAUGUUUCUGGUUCAGGUUUAAUGC